AUGAGCCACGGGGAUCGAGGAAAAGUAUCAUGUGGUGUGAGAAAACGGAAUAGGGGUAGUAGGAGAGGACAUGGUAAUGGAAAAGAAGUACGACUACUACACUCCCGUAACCAGGUACCCGUGAUCCUGACAGAAAGACGUUGCGAUCGCCAACUUCCACCUUCAAACUGGCGCCGUCCUUCCUGGGGUGUCAAUGUCUCACUAGGACAGGGUACUCGUCAAGGAACUAUGGCUAACUUCGCCGUAGUGAUACGUCGAGUGGUAAAUGAUAAGAUGAUCGUCGAUGAACUGCGGCUAACUUCGCCGUACGUGACGGUUGCCAUGAAAACGCGUCACCCGCACGGUGUAGCACCCUCGGACCACCCUCCUUAUGUCGUCAAGAGGGACCCGUCCACCCUCGGGUCUGGAGGUCCGGGCUACUGGGGAGCAACGCCUCCCCAGGCGGGGACGGAUGUAGGAAUGGUAGUGUUGUCUAGAGUCGAGUAUCAAAGUAUCAAACUAUGUGAUGAUACUGAAAAGUACUGUAGAAGUAUAACAAUUCCUUUCGAAUUCGAUGUAUAUCCUCCUAAUACCUCCUCCCGUCAAACUCGAGCUUCUACCUUGGCAAUCUUACCCGACGUCGACCCCGAACUUCUCAUGCGCCAAACAAAAAGAAUGAGAAUCACUUCCCAAGCUACUGGUUUUGACCAAACUCCCACGGCUGACGCCUCUCGAAGGGCUCUCGACGCCAUUAAGGAUCGAUAUCAUUCCGGUCCUUCUCACGAUCAACAAUCCUCUCAUCUCGAUGACAAGAUCAUCGAGCAAUAUAUCGACUUCAAAGGGGGUGCUGGGCCAUCUGCCACUGGUGAGAACCCAUCUCCCGCCAAGUCCGUCGAAACCGAACACGGCACCGUCGUUGAAAAUCAAAAUUCUCCUGGUAAUAAGUCCCCUGUGCCACCUUCUGAUUAUUCAGAGGGACUUGUCGAGGUUCCCAAUGAACUCGAAACCAUUUUUCACGCCCCUCGCAAGGUUCCGGUCAAUGAUGAACUGGUUAAGGCUCUGGAUGCUCGAAAAGACUCGGAAAUUGGUGAGAUUCCUAUAGAAUUCUCUACUCUCUGGGCCAAAAUGACCUUCUCCUCUGUUCGUACGGCUCUGAAAGACGAAGCCCUUGAUCGUUUUCGCGAGACUGGCGCCAUCAAUCCUACUGUUAAGUGGUUUAGGAAUGCUCUCGAUCGUUUGGCCCAAGGUUGGCGACUUCGCAACAAGAAUGGUGCUGUUGUUCGUCUCGAGGGGAACUUCAAAGUGUUCGGUGAAAACCAACAAUCCCGAGUCCAAAUUUCGCGAGGUAUCUAUCUUCUUCCUUCGAACUUGAUCGAUGUUGAUGUGAAGGGUAUUACUGUCGGAGCCCAGACCAUCACUUCCAAGGUUACCUUCGUCCUGGAGCACGAACUCUGUGCUGUCUCGGCCCGAUAUCGAUCCCUCUCUUCCCAGGAUCAAUCCUCUUCCCUUACCCGACUUUCGGGUUACAUCCAUCUCUUUACCUCCCUUCUCCUUCCUCUCCCCUCUCAACAUCUGGGGCUUUACAAAUCUAUCCAUCUUAUUUCCGCCAACUACGCUCGUCUUACCCCCUCCGAAACCUUGGAUCAUCUCACCUCCUCUGGUGAUCCUACUGUCACGAGACAUACUAACCAGCAUAUGCACGAUAUAACAGUGCCCAACGGAACAGUGAUCUUAACCACUGCAACAAAAAGGCCUAUUAAUUGGCGGUUAACCCUACCGCCGAUCGCUGGUUAA